AUGGAUAAUUUAAAACAAUGCAAAGUAGAGUCGUAUCGCGGAAGUAACAUACAUCCAUUUCAUUCGGGUUCGAGGGAAUUUAUGGUCCACGAGGGAAAAGCAGAUAUAACUGUAGUAUCAGAAACACCUAUCACCGUACCCGUUUCGCCACCAUUCAGAGAAUUGCAAAACGAAUUAGUAAAAAAAAUAAAAAAAAGUAUUGGAGCAGAACGUAGGUCACAAUCAAUGAAUAAGGAUAAUGAAUCAGAAAUGACCAACGUAUCUUGGAAACCUUUGUUACCACGACCUCCGGCGCCUUAUAUCCCUUCAAGCAGAUUAUUACCAAUGACACCACCUGCGAAUUCUUUUACACCGGAAACUCCCGGAAGUCCACCAGACUCUGGCACACCUAUGUCAGUAUCUAUGGUUCAGUCCGACUUAAUGCCAAUGCUGUUGGAAGCAGCGGCUGAGGCAGCACUUCGUGAUAAACGUCAAGAACGCAUG